CAGUCCCAGUUUGCUGUUCUCUCGGCUUUCUCUCCUCGACCGAACAAGGUGUGUGCCCACUUACGCUCCUUCUGCAGUGAAAAAUUACAUUUUGUCACACAUUUUAACGAGGAAGUCGAAGGAAAAUUUGUGAAUAUCCGUACAGGAUUCUUAAAUCAUUAACAACAUCUUUAAUCGGGAAUCAAGUGAAACGAAAUAAAAGUAAUUGUGAAGGUAUACUAUUAGCAUUGGUAGAAAACGUUUAGACCGUGAAAAGAUUUUCAACAUCGAUCGCCAUUUUUUUUUGUCUUGUACCCCAGGGCAGAGCACCUUCAGUUUGCAGUAGCACCAGUUUUUUCUUCGUUUCGUACGUUGCGCAUUGAAUAAGCGAGAGACAGAAGGGAAAAUAGUGCACCAGUAAUCUCAGGAGAGUAAAGAAAAAGAUCAAAGUGAGCUGUACUUAUAAAGUUUGUUGGAAGCAGUUGAAAGGUGUACAGUUCUCUCCUGUUCAAUUUUCGGUCGGUUUUUCGAGGAAGAGAAAGCGCGAGAAGGUGAGACGGAAGUGAAUAGUUUUCUUUUUCCACACCGAAAUUGAAAUGGAAAUAAUUACGACAAUGCAAUUCCAAGGAAACGGCCAAACCCACCCGGGAGGCUUCCGUCCCCGUAGCGACAAACCAGAUUUCUACGGUGGAGCAGGCGGUCCCGGAGGUAAACCACACUUUAUGAACAAGCCAGGAGGUGGUCCACCAUCCAUUCCCCCGUUCAAUCCGAAUGGUUUUGGAGGACCGAAGCCAAUAUAUGGCAGCAGUCCAAACGGGCUAUCGGGUGGUCCCGGAGGAUUCAACAAGUUCCGUAACAAUAACUUCGGUGGACCCAACGGUGCCGGAGGCAUGCCAAUGAAAAAGGACUUUGGAGGACCAAAGAUUUACGGCAGCGGGCCUGGUAUGAUGGGAAAUGGAAACCCUCGUUUCGACAAGCCACUGGAUUCGUUCGGCGGGCCAAAGAAAUUCAAUUCCAUGCCGUAUGGUAUGCGGAAUAACGGUUACGGUCCGAAACCAGACUUCAACAAUAUGAGCAAAGAGGAACGCGCAAAAAUCCAAUCACUGAAGGCCAAGUUCCCUGGCCAAGCGUUGGUGAAACCCAUCUGGGAGGAUUUGGAAGCAUUCCAGAAAGAUUUUUAUGUACCACAUCCGAACGUAAUGGCACGUUCGCCGGAAGAAGUACAAGCGUUCCGUGAGAACAUGCAGAUCACUGUCAUGGGUAACAGUGUACCACAUCCCACGCAAAACUUCGAGGAAGGCAACUUCCCGGAGUAUGUAAUGAACGAAAUUAACAAGCAAGGCUUUCCCGCCCCAACGGCAAUUCAAGCACAGGGCUGGCCUAUCGCUUUGUCUGGCCGUGAUUUGGUCGGUAUUGCUCAAACUGGUUCGGGCAAAACACUCGCUUACAUGCUACCGGGCAUUGUUCACAUUUCCAACCAAAAGCCACUGCAACGAGGAGAGGGCCCAAUUGUGUUGGUGCUUGCCCCGACGCGAGAGCUCGCACAGCAAAUCCAGACGGUGGUAAGGGACUUUGGUACACAUUCGAAGCCGCAGAUCCGCUAUACCUGCAUUUUUGGAGGAGCGCUGAAAGGACCACAGGUUCGCGACUUGGAGCGCGGCGUUGAGGUGGUUAUCGCGACGCCCGGACGUCUCAUUGAUUUCCUGGAGCGUGGUAUCACCAAUUUGCGCCGAUGCACAUACCUGGUGCUGGACGAAGCGGAUCGUAUGCUUGAUAUGGGCUUCGAGCCGCAGAUUCGCAAGAUCAUCGAACAGAUACGACCAGAUAGGCAAGUUCUCAUGUGGUCUGCAACGUGGCCCAAAGAAGUCCAAACUUUGGCAGAAGAUUUCCUAGACGACUACAUUCAGAUCAACAUUGGAUCGUUGAACUUGUCCGCCAAUCACAACAUCCAUCAGAUUGUUGACAUCUGCGAGGAGAAUGAGAAGGAGGGAAAGCUUCUGUCGCUGCUGAAGGAGAUUGCGAGCGAUAUGAACAAUAAGAUCAUCAUUUUUGUGGAGACUAAGAAGAAGGUGGAAGAUCUGCUGAAGAACAUCGUUAGAGACGGAUAUGGCGCGACUUCGAUUCACGGAGACAAAUCCCAGUCAGAACGUGAUUAUGUGCUGCAGGAUUUCAGACAUGGAAAGAGUACAAUACUUGUGGCCACCGAUGUUGCAGCCAGAGGCUUGGAUGUGGAAGAUGUGAAAUAUGUGAUCAACUUUGACUAUCCGAACUCUUCGGAGGAUUAUAUCCACAGAAUUGGUCGUACGGGCCGUUGCUCAUCGUAUGGAACGGCGUAUACAUUCUUUACGCCCGGAAAUGGACGCCAGGCUAGAGAAUUGCUCUCUGUAUUGGAAGAAGCCGGACAACAGCCGACUAACGAACUGAUUGAAAUGGCGAAACAGGUCCCUGGUGGAAAAGGUGGAAAGGCUCGUUAUAAUGUUCGCGGAAGUAUGGGUUCCAAUGGAUAUGGACGUAUGGAUCAGGGUGGGUUCGGUGGACCUAGAAUGUUCCAGAAGAAACCAUUUGAAAACAAAUAUGGUGGAUCACCGGGAGGUCCUGGCGGAAAUCGAUUCAAUAGCAUGAAUGGCGGACCAGCUAAAUAUGGCGGUCCAGGCGGAUAUCGUGGCGGAGACAGCUGGAAUAAAAAUGGUGGUGGUGGCUAUCAUCAUCAACAGCAGCAACAGAUGAAUCAAUCCCAACAGCCACAACAGUCUCAACCUGGAGGCCAACAGCAACAAAUGUAUGAGUCUCAUCAGCCAAUGCGUUUCCAUCCGAAGAAUGUAUACCAGAAUCACAAUCAAUAUGAAGAUUACUCGAAUCAGACGGUUGGAGGUGCACCUCAACCAUACAACGGUUAUAACGGAACCCGAUUCUAUCAGAACAAGCCUCAUCAGGGCGCCGGUGGUAUGCAACAGUCUCAACCAGGUGGUCGCUACAAUCCCAACAAUCAGUACAACGCCGAAGGUGGCCCGAAGCCCUCUGGAGGACGCCCACCAUAUCAACCCAAACAACAGUACAAUAGCAACUACGCUGCUGCGGGUGCAGGCAAUCCCUAUCCAGCACAACUAGCGGCAGCAGCCGCCGCCGCAGCUGCAGCUGUCGGUGGAGGACAAACCAUUCCAGCCGCUGGCUUUGCUACGGGAUUCGAUCCUUUGGGCGGAGUUCAGAGUGCCAUGGGUACAUUCACUUCGUCGUACCAAAUCCCGGCAGCUACGGCUUACUAUUCCUAUCCGGCAGCAACUGCUCCGCCUCCACCACCACAAACCCAGGCUCCUCCGGUUGUUCCUCCGGUUCAGCAGUAAAUUUUCUGACAAAUAAUAUCGAAGGUAUAGAUACAUAUAUAUCCUACCCACAGCAUGUGAGUUUAAGUUUUACUAUUCGUCAGAAAUAUUUUCAAUGUUUUUUUUUAACUUAUUACAAGCAAACGAUAAAACUUUGCAGUGGGGAUCCUUUCAUCGGAGCAUUAAUAUGUGUGUGGCUUUUGCACCCCGAUUUAUUCAAACCUCACAAGAUUCUACUCCAUCCCAUCAUCCACUCUAGAAUACAAGCAAACGCGUGUUAUGAAGCAAAAUAUCCUAUAGAACUAAUUACGAAUCUUAUUAUCUAGUAUCGAUUUGAUAUGAAGUUCAGAUAAAGAGAGAAACAUAAAACAAAAACCGCAAUCCUUUGUACUUUAGCAGCAUGUGAGUAUCAACCAGAUACGACUUGAUGAAGAAAUUUCAAUUAAAGCAUAUUCGUUAUAAUAGUAAGCAUGAUCCUGUGGAGGGGUACUAUUAACCUCUGCAAAAAACGAAACACAUAAACAUGCCAGCAUCAGUGCUGUUACUUGCAUAUUAUAGCAUUGCAUACAAUUACAUACAUAUAUAUUAGAGAUAUAUUUAUUGAACGAGAAAAUAUUCAUACCUAAGCAGAAACGCUAUGCAUUUUCCAACAUAUUCAUUAUGUUUUCAUGUUAGUUUGUUUGUUUUUCAAUUUUUUUUCGUUUUGGUGACUAGCUCCGAUUCAAAUUGUUUUCGUUUUCCGAGCUGUGAACGUCGUUGUGUGUGUUGAGGAAUGCAUGUUUCUGAAUGUCGCGAAUUUUAGUACACUGAAGUGCAGCACUUCUAGGACCUUCUCCCGUUUCGCAAGUAUUUUGGAAACGUCCUGCUACUCUCAUAAGUAGGAUCGAAAAUGGAGUAGUAAUGCAGGGAUUCCUGUAGUGAAAAAUAUGGCUAGAACUAUAACAAUUUUUAUUUCUUUAAUGGAUACUGAUCCCAAUCCUAGUUGACCGAGGUCGUUGAGGAGAAGGUUUUGAUACCCAUUUGCGAAAAAGCGAGAUUUUCCGAUUAUCAAAAUAAUAGCAAUUUUUCACUUUCGGAUUUUGGCUAAAAAUAUUUCCAAUAUUUCCGUUUGGAGCACUUCAAACUAUACACACACAAAAAAAAUAAAUCACUCAACUCCAAAGUUUACGAAAACAAAAGAAUCAGAGCCGAGCCAAUCUGUAACUACUCACCACCCGUAUUAAGUCAGUAUAAAUCAGCACGAUCAAACGCGGAACACGGAUGGCCGGUGAAUUGCAUUCGCAGUAUAGAAUCGAAUUCUUUCCAAACUAUAUUCCCACGGAUAACCGCAACUCAACCGCCGUGCUCUCUACGACAUGAUCGAUUUAUGAUUUUUAUUUUGUUAGUUCGAAUACCUUUCGCGAGAACGCGAGCGAAAUCUAAACAUCUAAGAAUGUUCUUGCAAAUUGAAUAUCGAACCAAAAACGUGGAAAAACACAUCGCGUUUAUUGUGUUCUACGAAUCAUCGCACCAACGUAACGUGUGUUAGUUGCGUUGGUAGCAAAUUACAAAGGAAACCAAAUUCUUCUACAAAGGAAAAAACGUAAGAAGGAAAUAGGUAGGAAGGAUACACUAAGAGUAACAGAGAUGGCGAGCGCCUAUGACUCUUUCUUUUAACAGAAAAAUAUGUCGAAAAAGAACAUAAAAUGCAACAUAAAACUAAAAAGUUGUUAUAAUACACACGAGCAUACCACAAUGCAUACAAAUGCGAGUAAAAAAGAAUGAUGAUACACGAAAGCUGUUAGGAAAUCACUCGAACAAAAUGUACCACACAUACACGCAAUGAAGGCAAGAGACUUGAAAGAGAAACUUUUUUGUUUUAUUAUCUCAGAUUUGUGAUAUUCGUUUUUAUCGAACGUACAAUUGCGUUAAGUUAUUAGAAGAACAAUGAGAAGCAGUCGAACUUCGCACAAACGAAGAAGUAAAUUGCGCGAUAAACAGAUAACAUAACUUGAGUUAUUAAGUUCAAAGCGGCUGAUUGGAAACCCGUCUCUCUGGUAGGCUGUGUAGUAAUUUUAGAGGUCACAUUCCUUUAAAAACAAGCAUACAUCGUUCCGGAAGCGAGCGGCUCGUUGGGUCGUAGUGCUCUUCGGACGCUAUAUAUAUGUUUUUCUCAUUUAAAAUCACUUCAGUACCUGUUGUUUAAGAAAAGUAAACAAGUGAACGUCGAACAUAACAGACACAAAGUGGAAGCAAAUAAGCGAAUAAUAGAAAGACGAAUUUUAAUUUAAGCAUAAAUUUGAAGUUAAAAUUAUAUUGCAACUGUUACAAAACAAUUACUAAAAUAGUAAUCAACAGUCGUCAGUUGAAGACAGUAGUAGUUAAACAAAAACGCGAGUGAAACAAAGAUUUCCUUCACACAAUUCUAGUCCCGAUACACUGUUGUUUUUAUUUGUUUUUUUUAUAAAUGUUUAUCAUACACACGGAGAAAUUCGGAGUGUGAUAAAAAAGCCGAACCGUAGGGUCGACUAUGUUUGUAUGUUUGCGAUUCUUUUCGUAUAGAAAAAUGAAGAGAUGAGAUCCCAUUCUCGUUAAAGACGCGGAAAGUUGAUGCAUUAGCAAAACCAAACUAAGUAUAUUUUAGGAAAUGAAGUCUCCAAAAACGCGAUAAUACGAUUAGAUAUGUAAGUGGAAAUUAAGUGCGCUUUUCCGGGCGCUGAACAGUAUUUUUCACAUACGUGCAACUGUUAUUGAAUAGCAAAGUUAAUGACUUUUAAUAACGCCAAGAAAACAAAGAAAGGGAAAAUAUUAAACCAUUACCAAAUUGCCUUUAAUGAACUGUGAUCGUAUCAAAUCUCGUCUCGUUCCUUUUUCUCAUCACUUUGUUGUAAGAACAAAAUCGUAACCAUGAAGAGAAACUCAUUUUACACACCUUCAUUUUGUUGUAUCACCUACAAUCUACAAUUUUUCGUUAUUUACAAAGCUAAUAAGUACUAGAACAAAUACAUUCGUGUGUGAUUCGGAGUUGUUUUAUGCUCUGGCUGACUGAUUAUUGUUGUUUAAAACUACUAGUUAGAAAGUGAAAAUACAUUUAAUUGACUCAAGAAAUGUAUGCCAAAAGUAUUCAUAUUGAUAUACAAACAAAUAAUUGAAUUAUGUUUAUAAAGGAAAGUGAAAAAAUUAAAAUUCGUCGAAUUGUUCCUAUAAAACACAAACUAUAAGUUUUAGUUUUCCUUAAGCUAGAAUCGUUAAACAAUCAGAACGGAAAAAAAAGAAAUUUACUUCUCGAAUCCCUUAGACACAUAAACAUUGCAAUAAAACAAAAAAGUUAACCACACAAAUUUUUACUUUCGUGUAUUGAAGGAGGAAUUCAGGUACGUUCGUCACUUGUCGGUUCGGGAGAAAAAAUAUCGAUUCGUUUUCAAUUUUCUACAGUAAUACAAGUGAAAUAAGUAGGGGAAACGCGCAAACAUUUUGGUUGCAAGAUCUGUGCUCUUGCACCUUCCAUUGAGUGAUACUGUGAUCCAUCUUAUAUGUAUGUAGGCAGAAACGAAUAUGCAAACGAAGCGUGUUUUAACACGAAUGGGAAGGAUUAGGCAAAUCACUAUCAACUUGAAAUAACUCGCAACUGUGAAAUGACAACUUAAAUAACAAAUAAAACCAGACACAAACGAAUCGGGUAACUUUGUAAUAUUGUUGUAAGCGAAUUAGGUCUAUUGAAAGUCAUCCAUUUUUUCAGUAGCAAAAAUCUAGCGCGAAAUGGCGCCACAAGAGAAAAUCCUUCAGAUGAGGAUAAUAAUAUCUUUUUUACACUACUAAAUCGAAUGAACGCUCGCCUCUCUAGGGAAAACAAAACGAGAGUCAAAUGAAUCAAAAAAGGCUAAACAUGUUUUAUUUACAAACAUAAGAAAGGUAUCAAACUCUUAUUUAUGAUGCUAUUUUCACUGAGGAAAACACCUUUUCGUGACAACAACAAAUGCUGUGAAAGUAAAACGUAAUAAAAUGAUUUUUUGAAAAAUGCAUAUAAAAAACGCGACACGUCGAAAACUAAUUCGGAAGAGAUGAAAAAAUGCACCCAAUCCGCAAGGAUGAUGCUCUCUGCGAGCUGGUCCUCACGAGAUGUGCAUCUUUUUUCGCUCAAGUGCAGAUGCUGCUUAGAGAAAGAGGAGAAUUUAAAGCAAAUGAAUGUAAUCGUUUGAUGAAAACAGUAAUUACUAAUAAAAAUAUUCAACUUUAAUGGGGAUAAAAUGAAAAA